AUGUCCGGUCGCCAACUUCACACUGGCUUCCCUGGCACCAACACUCUACAUUCGGAGCAAUGCCGUGCCGAGAUACAACGAUUCGAAAGCGUACACCCAUGUAUUUACCAGAUUUAUGACAUGUUGGAAUGCCUCCCACUUCCUCCAGAAUACGCUCAUAUGAGGGACGAAAUUCGGGAUCAAGUUGUUUGCAUUGAAGCACACGUGAUACGUUUCAUUCAACCUAAUUGUUUCGCUCGUUACUGUUUUUGUUUAGCCGUCUAUGGAAGUCUACAUCUUAUUGGAACUGUGUUUUAA